GUGCAGGCUUGUGUCUGGAGUGACUGGCUCGAGUUGCUGUCUUGUCUGCUUGUGUUUUGUAUGUCUAAGUCUGGCGGAGCAUGGCGAGCAGGACAUUGGUGAGCAUUGCCAUGUUUUCAAAGGCGUUCGUCACCUCGCCGACCAGCUUGAGAACGUCUCUUCGCCAUCCCACGCAUCGCUGCUCUCGAGACGGGUCCUCUUCCUCAGGCUGUUCCCGAUCUUCAGAAUCUUGGUCUGCCGCAUCAGUCUGAAGCUCGUGAGUUUUUUUCGACGUCUCGGGCACAAAAUCAUCAUUUGACCCGUGACGCUUACCAGCCGACAAAUCAUCAUCUGAGUCCAACGAGCCGUCAACAAAAUCGCCACUAGACAGUGACAGCUGAUCCUCCAUAACGCUGAAAGACCCCACAUACACACACGGAUCCAGAUCUGCAGCGCACAGGUGUGUGGUUGUGUAGGCUUCAUCUUCACCUUAUGAAUGGCAGCGAAUGCCGAUUACCUUUCUAAUCCUCGUUCUAAUCGAUAUCCUGCGAACGCAAUACGAUAAAUCAAUCAGUGCAAAGAUGACCGUACGUGAUAGCUCUAUACGUCUGUGGCCUACGCAGAUGCAGGCGCAAGUCGAACGUGCGUUGACGAUGCGAAAUCAAUGAGAAACUGAGCAUAUCCACAAGUUUCUCGAGCCACAAGUCGCCGGAAACAGCUUGAACCACACAAAAAGGUCUCAUUCACGUCUGAGGCAAGACGCAUCACGAGCGCGCAGUCUCGCAAGCUCCACCGAUACCAAUGCCUGCCGUCCUACCGAAAUGCGCUCGUCUUCCUAUGCAUCAUCGUCUGCCUCGAAGACCUACUUGUCUGCCCUUUAACCCCCCCCC